UUGUCAUCUGGGCAGCCACAUAUAUUACCCAGGUUUGCACCCUGGAGAGGUCACUUUACUGUUGCGAAUGCAGCACAAACAACACGGGAGGCAGUUAGAAGGUAUAAGCUCAACCCGAUUGGUGUAAGGUACAAGAUCUAUGGGUUGCCUUUGUUGGUGGGAAAGAUAAUUGCGUCGCACUGGUCAGCUACUACCAGGCAGCCCUCAGUCAAUAAAAGUGCCAAUCUGGCACUGUCCACCUUCUGCAGUGGAUGUUUGGAACCCAAAGAAUAAGAAGCAAAAGAAGCAAAAGAAAAGAAACGAACCCUCCUGCACUUAGUAAGCUGGAACAUCAGGACCAUUAUCCAGUGACCUGCUGCAGGUCAGUGACUCAUGGAAGACAGCCAUAAUUGACCCUGAGCUGAAAACAUUCAACGUCGUUUUACAGGCGACCAGACUUGCUUCGAAUGGCAGCCUCCGAGAGAAGAACGACAUGUUUUUCUGUCAAGGAGGGCAUCUGGAAGAACCGCGUAUUCCCAAAAUAAGCCUCAGAGUGAGGAACUCCCUUCUGUUUGUGACAGAACCACCCAGCGAUGGAUCAGAACACUUGCUUUCCCUCCGUCUCUCAACCACCUCUGGGGUGGUCAACAUCUUGAGCAUCUAUGCUGCCACUGUGUGCGUUGGCAUACAGACCAAGGACCAGUUCUAGGAGAAAGUAGACCAGGCUAUCAGGAAAGUUCCAGCCUCCAAACACCUAUUCCUGCUGAGAGAUUUCAGUGCCAGAGCUGGGGAUGAUCAUCACACAUGGAACAACUGCAGAGGCCUCUUUGAUAUUAUUGGCAGCAUGAGCAAAAAUGGGCAAAGUCUGCUUGAACUGUGCUCACAUCACAGCCUUUGCAUCAGGGGCCUUUGCUUUCUCUACCAAGGCCAGGGAGGAGAGGUGAAGCAUGACCUUCUCAACUAUCGCAGUGAAGAUAGCUGCAGUUUAGAGAGCAGCAGCAGCAGCAGCAGCAGCAGGGACACAGAGGCUGCCAACACCUCGGCUCCUGAAUCCACACCAGAGGAGGCACUCCUGGACUCGGCAGUGAACCGCCCCACAGUCAGAUCCAAAAUCAAGUUCACGACUGGCACUUGUGGCGAGGCCUUGUUGUACAACUGUGAGCUAUGCGGCAAAGGAUUUCGCCUGCAGCGCAUGCUGAACCGCCACACCAAGUGUCACAGUCAAGUGAAGAGGCACUUGUGCACCUUCUGUGGGAAAGGAUUCAAUGAUACUUUUGAUCUGAAAAGACACGUAAGGACACACACAGGAAUCCGCCCAUACAAAUGUGAGAUCUGCAACAAAGCCUUUACCCAGCGUUGUUCCCUGGAAUCACACCUUAAAAAGAUCCACGGAGUGCAGCAACAAUAUGCUUACAAACAACGAAGAGAUAAACUGUAUGUCUGUGAAGAUUGUGGCUACACAGGCCCAACCCAAGAGGACUUGUACAUGCACAUCAGUAAUAUUCAUCCUGGAAGUGCUCUUCUGAAGAAAACAUCCAAAAAACUUGCAGCUGUUUUGCAAAACAAACCGACCUCUCCAAUGGAGACGAGCCCAGAAGAGACUGUGGAGCAACAGUAAUACUGCACUGCAUUGUAGUGGCCAAAUGAGUUGGAAGUUUACAAUUGUCUGAAGUUGGGUUGCCAAGUGUCAUGGUCUGACAAAACGUUUUAGUGGCCCCGUUGAAAUCUCUAGAGUCUAGAGGAAGGGAAGACUGAAAUCUCUUGGGCAGGCAAGCUAGCAUCUGUUUGGCUUAAGAGAUUUUAACUAUUCUUACUGUUAGUACACACAGGCCCAUUAGAUCAGAAUCUUCCCUUGACCUGUCAGCUGCUGCCUUCAGCCUACAUCUGAUGUCACUAAACUCUGCUCAUAACCUUGCAGGAUUUACCUACUGAGCUGCAAAGCGCCAUCCUUUAAGUUCCCUAUUCUCUGAACUCUAAGAGACGUGGCGACCCUGACCAGAACUGAAUUCAAAAGGAAGACAGCACUCAACCUGGUCUGAUCAAACUGUCUAGGUACUUAAUUUCUGAACGUGAAUAAAAUCUCCCCAGUAUGGGGCGAACAUAGCACAGUACAUGGCACAAUCUGAAUUGUGCUUCGUUCUCUCUCAGCCUUUGUACAGACAUCUGAUAUGUGCCUUUGAUAAAGAAACAGUUACCUACGGCUAUAACGUAUUUGACCAAAAUAACUGUAUUUAAUUUGAAUACAGGUAACUGGCCUAGAAUUCAAAUAAAAUAUAUUUGUCAAUAACACAAUAACCAUCAUUGUAUUCCCCCUCCCCACCAAAAAAACAAAGUCUGUUAUGAAAUAUUCCAAUAAAGUUAUUUAUGACUCUA